UUUUUAUAUUCUCACAAGGCGGCGUUAGUGUUUUGAUAACAGCAUAGUGACGCAGUUUGUCAAUUUUAUUUUACUUGUUCUGUCUUUCCUACUUCAAUAAAUCGUCGGCAUUUUUAAAUGGCAGAAGACAAACAAGAAGAAGAUUAUGGUGGAUGUGAAGGAGCAGACUCGAUGUACGUUCGUCUUGUUUCAUCUGACGGCCACAAGUUUAUUGUAAAGCGAGAUUAUGCACUGACCUCUGGAACUAUCAAAUCAAUGUUGAGCGGCCCAGGACAGUUUGCAGAAAAUGAAACAAACGAAGUGACUUUUAGAGAAAUACCGUCCCAUGUGCUUGCUAAGGUGUGCCAGUAUUUCAUCUACAAAGUCAGAUACACUAACAGCUCAACUGAGAUUCCAGAGUUUUGCAUCACCCCUGAGAUUGCCCUGGAGUUGCUGAUGGCGGCAAAUUUUCUAGACUGUUAACUAAUGCUUCAUAAAUAAUCAAAUAAAAUUGUUGUAUUCUGGAGAAGCUCCAACCCCAUGUAAUGUUAUUAUAUCGGUAUCUAUUGCUGUUCAAUACACGUUAAUAUCUUUGUGCUUAUGCUGUUAUAAAAUUGAUCGCUUUUUCAACUUCAGUUUUAGUAAAAACGGACUUAUUUUAUUUUCACUUUA